AUGAUGCAAAACUACGUAAUGCAACAAUCUGUUUUAAACACUAUAACAGAAAAGAUCAGUAGUUUUUUAAAAUCAUCAGCGAGUGGGACCUCGUUGGGUGGCACAGCUGACCAUGUAAGGAUAGCAUCAAUAAUUGAAAAUACAUUCACUACAAAUGUGGAGGUAAACAAAAUAAUCAAUGAGUUAACAGAAUCGAUAAGAAAACAAACAGUAAGAAUUCAUGGGAAAGGAAAAGUGGUAAUUGGUCAUAUAUCCUUAACGGAAAACACAAAACUAAUAACAGAUGUAGUGUCAAAUUCAAUUGAGUCGUCAAAAUUUGGAAGCAAAAUAUUAACGGCUCUUGAUAUUAAAGGGGAUUCAAAGACCACUGGUUUUAUGACAGGAUUUAACAAUCUACUAACAUCUACUGGUUUGUCAAUGCAAACGUUUAUGAUAAUUUUACCGGUAGUUCUUAUAAGUGCAGCCAUAAUUGGCCUAUUAUUCUUUAGAUGGAUGUUUAAAUCUGAUCCGAUACAAAUACGAGCAAUGGGAAGGGACAAAAAUGAAGGAAAAGCCAGUGGUAGUGGUUGUAUGCAGAUGGUUAGAAUUAAUCCUAUUCCUGUUUUUUGA